GCUCCUCUCCACUACCGCCGCCACCACCCCCAAAACCCCCGCCCCGGCCGGAGGGGACGAGAGCGACCGAGAGGGAGGAAGCGGGCGACCGGCCGGCGGAGAUGCAGAUCUUCGUGAAGACGCUGACGGGGAAGACCGUCACGCUGGAGGUCGAGAGCAGCGACACCGUCGCCAACGUCAAGGCCAAGAUCCAGGGCGAGGAAGGCAUCCCACCGGACCAGCAGCGGCUCAUCUUCGUGGGGAAGCAGCUGGAGGACGACCGCACGCUGGCCGACUACAGCAUCCAGAAGGAGUCCACGCUGCACCUGGUGCUUCGCCUCCGCGGUGGCGGCAGGGGCGGCUACCCUACCAUGACAGUCCCGUGGGACCUCAUCAACCUUGCCCGCAAGCACAAUGAGAAGAAGAUGAUCUGCCGCAGUUGCUAUGCGCGCCUUCCCUUCAGGUCCACAAACUGCCGCAAGAAGAAGUGUGGCCACACCAACGAGCUGAGGUCAAAGAAGAAGUUCAUCUCCAAGUUUAAUAACUUGUGAACGAUUUGGAAAUCGAGGGAAGUGACAUUCUGGAGUGCCAUCUGAAAGCGUCACCCAUCAGUUGAACCAACUUAUCUUAGCAUUUUAGCAUUUCUAUCAGAGCUGUUAGCUUUGUCCUAUUUUAAGUUUCCAUCUGCAUGCUGAACCUUAAUUACUCUCUCAAAUACUCGAUGUUGUUUCAACGCGUGAAGUGGCAUGCCUAAGAAAUGCUAGCGAAAUCCUUUUGGCUGAAUGCUGAAACUUUUGUCACUGUAUUCUGAAUGCUUGAGUUUUUCAGUUUGGAAGGAAGAUGAGAACAACUAGUUGUGCAAAGGCA